CCCUAGUGGAUACUUUCACGCCCCUUUCCGAUUGGCCGGCCACUCUCUUCCCGGCGCACCAAUCGGGUGUCGAGGUACCUCAGGAGCGUUCUCCUCGCUGAGGCGGCGGCGACCUGUCAGGAACGAAGCGGGGCGUUAUGGCUGGUCGAGGCCGGCGCGGCGCGGCUUGGAGCCCGUGGAUUCCGCUCCUUUUGCUGCUCUCGUGGCGAGGCGGCGGGGCCCGCGCGGCGGCGCAUAUCAAGAAGGCCGAGGCCGCCGCUUCUUAUUCCUCGGAGGCCCCGCAUUACUUGGACGAGGCCGAGCUGGGCGAGACGCUGAGGCGGCUGUGUGAGGAGGAGGCUCCGCGGGGCCUGGCGCGGCGCUUCUCCAUCGGCCGCUCCAGCCAGGGGCGCGAGCUGUGGGUGCUGCGCCUCAGCGAAGGCCUCCCGCGGGGCGAAGGCGCGGACGGCGGCGGGCCUCCCCUGGCGGGCCGCCCUCAGGUGAAGCUGGUGGCCAACAUGCACGGCGACGAGGCGCUGGGCCGGCAGCUGCUGGUGCGCCUGGCCCGGGAGCUGGUGGCCGGCUGGGCCCGCGGGGAGCCUCGCGCCCGCCGCCUCCUCAACACCACCGACCUCUUCCUCCUGCCCAGCCUCAACCCGGACGGCUUCGCCCGAUCCCGGGAAGGGGACUGCCAAGGGACCGGCGGGAGGGAGAACGGGCGCGGCCGAGACCUCAACCGCAGCUUCCCCGACCAGUUCGGCGCCGCGCAGCCUGACCUGGCCGCCGUGCCCGAGGUCCGCGCGCUGAUGGAGUGGAUGCGGCGCAAUCGGUUUGUGCUUUCCGGGAACUUUCAUGGGGGAACCGUUGUUGCAAGCUAUCCAUUUGAUGACUCAAAGUCACACAAGUCCUCGGGCAUAUACAGUAAAUCGGCUGACGACGAAGUUUUCAAAUACCUGGCAAAAGCCUAUGCAUCAAACAAUCCCAUCAUGAAAACGGGCACCCCAAACUGUCCUGGCGAAGAGAAAGAAACCUUCAAAGAUGGCAUCACCAACGGAGCUCAGUGGUAUGAUGUAGCAGGUACACAUUGGAAUUAAAGGAUUCGUGAGAGAUUCGGUCAGUGGUGCUGCCUUGGAAAAUGCAACCAUUGCUGUGGCUGGGAUUGCUCACAACAUUACGACCAGACAGUUUGGUGACUAUUACAGACUGUUGGUGCCUGGGACCUAUAAUAUCACAGCUUCUGUCCCAGGCUUGGGCCAAAGUCGGGAGUUUCGUCACAUAUGGUCCCUGGAAAUCUCUAACAAACCCAACCAGUCUGAGCCAGAAGAGCCGAAGAUCCGUUUUGUUGCCGGCAUCCAUGGUAACGCCCCGGUCGGUACCGAGCUCCUCCUGGCUCUGGCAGAGUUCCUCUGCAUGAACUACAAAAAGAACACGGCUAUCACAAAGUUGAUUGAGAAGACAAGGAUAGUGAUUGUACCAGCCCUAAAUCCAGAUGGGCGUGAGAUUGCCCAGGCGACUGAAGGCGACUGUACCUCCAAACUGGGACAGACCAAUGCCAACGGCAAAGAUCUGGACACAGAUUUCGCAAGCAAUUCCUCCGUAGCAAGGGAACCCGAAACAAAAGCCAUCAUGGAGAACCUGAUACAGAAGCGGGACUUCAGCCUCUCCGUUGCCUUAGACGGAGGGUCCCUCCUCGUUACUUACCCUUAUGACAAACCGGUGCAGACAGUAGAAAAUAAGGAAACUCUGAAACAUUUGGCUUCCGUCUAUGCAAACAACCAUCCUACGAUGCACCUAGGACAGCCGAACUGUCCAAACAAAUCAGAUGAGAACAUCCCGGGAGGUGUGUUGCUCGGAGCACAGUGGCACAGCCAUCUAGGCAGCAUGAAGGAUUUCAGUGUCACAUACGGGCAAUGCCCAGAGAUCACAGUAUACACCGGUUGCUGUUACUUUCCAAGUGCAGGACAACUCCAUACUCUGUGGACAGAGAAUAAGAAAUCUCUUCUCAGUAUGCUGGUGGAGGUCCACCAAGGUGUCAGUGGGUUUGUUUUGGAUGCCACGGAUGGACGAGGCAUCUUGAACGCCACCAUCGGCAUUGCCAGCAUUGACCACCCUGUCUCCACCUAUAAAGCUGGGGAUUAUUGGCGCCUGCUGGCUCCAGGGACGUACAAGAUCACCGCAUCUGCCCGAGGGCAAUUACAGGCAAGCAUGCUUAACCUUUGUGCGCAUGGCCUGAAUCUGACUAUGGCCUCUGCAUUUUGUCUUCCCUUUACCUCCCCCUCAGGUGCAACCAUGUCGGCCGUGAUCCUUACAGCCUGCAUCAUCUGGUGUGUGUGCUCCAUCAAGUCCAACCGGCACAAAGAUGGCUUCCACCGCCUACGGCAGAACCACGACGAUUACGAGGACGAGAUCCGCAUGAUGUCCACCGGCUCCAAGAAGUCACUCCUGAGCCACGAGUUCCAGGAUGAAACGGACACCGAGGAGGAAACAGUUUACACCAGCAAACACUGAUCUUUCCCGUGGCGGGGGUGGUUUUUCUCCUGCAAAAGACACGUUUCGCUAACCUGAGCCUCGUUCCCAGCCAGCGGACGCAGAGCGCGCGACCUUCCAAACCUCAGUUCUUGGUUCCAGGCCAAUUUCUGCUUUAUGCACAAGGAGAUCGGACUGGACCUGAGCUUCUAUUUGGAAUCGGAAGUGGAGCUUUUUCAGGCAACUUAGCUAGGGUGAAACGGAGACUCCGAUCAUGGAAGCUGCCAGAGAAAAGCAGUUGGCUUGUCCAGUACUUUGAAAAACGUCCCUUUAAAACCUUCAGAAUGCUAUUUGGGUGGGGUGGCGAAUACACAAUGGCCACCAAGGUUUGGUCUCAGCUGCUUAUCCACUGCAGCCUAUGGACAGUUGGAACUUACUUUCUUUCCUGCCUGCCUGGAGCAGUUUUCAGAGUUGGUUACGUAGGCGUUAAAAAAAACCAAACUCAACAAAUUUAAUCCUCUUAAUUAUGGAGAGUAAAAUUCCUUCAGGUCGGGCCUUCGAGGCAGAUGCCAUUUUGAAAAUAUAUGUUGAGACACGGGAAGAUCUUCCUCUCCCCGUUGAGGUUGCAUCUGUUGUUGUUUUUAAAACACAACUCUUAUUUGAAUUUACCUUGCACAGACCCUGCGGCGGCAUUUCUGCUGGUUUUCUUUGGGUAUCUAGAAUAGCAGGAGGCGCAUAACUCCUGGUAAUCUUAGUACUAAUUGGAGAUUGAAAUUUCAGCUUGGUGCCAAAUGUAUUGUAAUUUAUUUCUGGAGUCUGCGGAAGCAUCCAGGGAACUGGUUUGUUCGACUAGAAACUGCCAGUCUAGAAAAAUAACUUUCCGUAAGAAGAACAUUUUGUGUUCUUGGAAAGCACCCGGCUGCUUUUUCAGGGAAAAUGCCUUGUUCUUUCCUUUUCAACAUGAAGUCUUCUGCCAAGACUGAAUUUUGUGUGGAAUUAUGCUGUUCUCAGAUUCUUCUUCUUCUUCUUCUUCUUUUUUUAACUGUUGUGGGUUUGUUCAGGAAAGAAGGCAGCACAGUGGUUACUAGCUCUUCACAUUAUAUGGCUGUAUAAGUUUAGCCUUUUAUUCUUGUAGCACUUUGGUGUGAAAUGUUAAAAGAGGGACUUAAAUGUUUUGAGUCAAGAGGGAAGCUGUUGUACAGCUGAUUUAAGUACUAGUCUUGGACUAGAAGACCAUCUUUAAUGAGAUCAUUCUCCUGUUUAUGCCUCGGAGGAAUUAAAUUCCACCAUUCCUUGAUUAAGGUAAGACAUGUUGGAUUAGAAUAUAGUUGAAAACAUUGUCUGCAUUGCCUCCAAAGAGCUGGAUCUAUUCUACAGAAUCCAUGUUGGUUCUCGUUACUAUCCCAAAGGUUAACCUCAAGACUCCUCAAAAUUCUUUCUGGUCUCACAAAACGUGCCAGAAAUGGGGACGAUGACUUAUUUUGAUGGCUUAUCCAGAGGCUUGGUUGUACUAACAAGGAUUUCUCAAAAUAGUUUUAAUUCCCUUUUGAAACGUCAAACCCACUUUAAAACUGGGGCAUUAUAAUAAAUGUUGGAUUCUGGUCAUCGUUCCCAGGAAAUUCAUCGACAGAUAAAUAAUACAUUUUAGCUAUCAAGACGCUAAACGUUUAGGCUACGCGGUUGACCGUACUAGGACGUAGAACGAAUUGUAGGACUUAACCUUUAAAAUCAUCAAGUUAAAUGUGCUAAUUUUAUUCUUCUUUAGCCGCUCAUUCUGGAUUCAGUCCCUUUAAUUAGCCCCUUCCCAAUGGCUAGGAAGUAUACAGUACUAAAAACCAAGUGCCUCGGUCUUUUAGCGUUAUUGUCUUAGAAUAUCCAUGCCAGUAGAUUGUCCUAAGGUUCAAGCGAUGUUUUCCCGGUGAUGAUUCUGCUUUAAUUCAACUUUGCUGCUUCUGGUCCAAUUUACCCGCAAGAGCUUUCUUUGAAAUGAAGUUGGAGGGUAACUUGACUCCAAACCCCUGGCUGCUAUUUGGGGGAUUUGGGGGACAGGUUUCUUUUAUCUAUAUUGGGAUGCACGUUACCCUCUUCAUAGCCCAGUCCAAAAUUUAAGAAAGAAAAGCAGUUUAUCAUCUCUGGAUUAAAUUUGCCAGCAAUAACUGUAUAAUAAUAACAAGUUCAAAUCUAGGUAUAGAAGUGGAAGCCAGGUGGCUGCAUCUUUCUGGUAGUAAUUAUGCAUAUAUAUAUUUUUU